AUGGGCGAAAAGGACGAUUCAGUCGAAGCCGAACAGCAGGAGCAAGAACCGGUCGCGGAACCGGACCAAACCGAAGAGGUUCAUGAAGAUUCGGAAAGAAAACGUGAACAUGCACCGAGACCCGAUGACAAGGUCAAAGGUUUCGGUAAAGCGAGUCGUUUGCCGAAGGAGAAACUGAUGGCCAGCGAGGGCAUCAUCCCUCUGCAAAGCGGUACGAACAAGUACGAGACGCAGAGGGGCAUGACCGGCUUCGGUGUGCCACGAGAUGUCGUCGACAAGGUGAAGUGCAAGAACCUACGGCCGAUCGAGGACGAAACGAAGUUGAUGAAACUCAAGGACGUAUCAGAAGACAAGCAGAAGUCCACCGACGGCCUUAUUCCAUUACAAUCCGGAACGAACAAGCUGGCCAGCCAGGCGGGCAUGACCGGAUUCGGCAUGCCGCGCAGUGUGCUCGGCCGUUACAACCCGGAUCAGGACCGCAACAGCCAAGGCUUCCUACAUUUACAGAUGGGUACCAACAAGUAUGCCAGCCAAGCGGGCAUGACCGGCUUCGGAAUGCCGAGGACAAACAUUACCAAAUACAAGGUAUGUCGUACGUCGUACGUCACAACAACCGAUUGUCAAUCGAUCAAAGCAUGUUAGUC